UCUGGUCUGUAACUCAGUGCACUCCUGUCCUGCGACUAUGUCUUUCCUGGACACCCUGCGGCAGUGGGAUGAGGCUGUAACGUGUGUUGACAGAGAGGAUUUCUCAGAAGCACUCAGGAUUUUCCUGUCUAUCCGAGAACCAAACUCCAAAAUUUGUUUUGACAUUGGCUGUCUCCAUCUUCUUAACAAAGACCUGGAUGCUGCUGAAAAGGCCUUUGAUUGCAGCAUACGCAAGGAUGAGCAUUUGGCUGUUGCCUUCUUUCAAAGAGGAAUCACAUUUUACAGACAGAUGAGGUAUGAGGAGAGUGCAUCUGAUUUCCAGCAUGCCUUCAAAACACUAAGAGGCAACCAGCUGAUAGAUUACAAAGCUCUUGGCCUCAGAUACAAAUUAUACGCAUGUGAAGUUCUCCACAAUAUGGCCCUGGCUGAGGCUCAGCUGGGUAACUGGGAAAAAGCCCAGGAAAAGCUUGUGAAGGCUCUCGACUACAAAACAGAUGCUAAACUCAAUAUGAUCGACAGAGCUCUGCAAUCCACCCUGAAACAAAAACUUUUCAAACCAGUCGAGUUCCCAUCAAAAAUGCUCUUUAAGCCAAAUAAGCACUAUGUGGCUGAGCUGGAGAAGAAGGACUACCUGGGCAAAGCCAAGGUUGUUGCCUCUGUCAUUCCUCAGGACCAGUUCUCUGGAUUUGCCCCAUUACAGCCACAGGUCAAAGACGGUCCAACUCGUCCAAAAGAACCCGAGGUUCUAAGAGCUUUAGAGGGAGAACCACACACUGUCAUGUUUGAGUUUGUUCCUGAGACCAGUGAUGAGUUGGCCGUAGUGCCGGGAAACAUUGUGUUUGUUCUGCAGAGGGGUGAUGACAACUGGGCGUCUGUGGUCUUCAAUGAGAGAAGGGGACUUGUUCCGUACAAUUACCUGGAGCGUUUGGAGAUCUCCUUGGCUUCUAAACAGAAUGAGGGAAUACCUCAGUCUCCAAGUCGAGAACCACCGGCCAGACCUGAAAGGAAACAAGGUCUUACUCCUCGUGAUAGCAGCAAUGGAAACACACAACUUAAGGAUGCACAGUCUACUGACAAUUCAUGUAUUGUCAAAGUCCGAUUCACAUUCAACUUUGCUGUGUCAGUGCCACCUGGGUCUCCCUAUGCCAUACUGAUUGAGAAAAUCAGUAAAAAACUGAAUCUACCUUCUACUGCAAUCACCUUGAGUCUAACCUCCGAGGCAACUGCAGAAAGUGUAAUUGAUGUCAACACAGAAAUGGAAAGUGUGUGGAGUUGUACCAGCGGCAGGCGCAUCACCUUGUGGUGUCACACCAAAGAGCAAACUGAUGGAAAGCCACUGACUGAGAUUCACUUGGUUGCUCUUCAUUCCUAUGAGUCGUCAAAUCCAGAGGAUCUCAGUUUUCAUCAAGGUGAUACGAUCACAUUCCUCUCUAGAGUUAACCAGGAUUGGUGGGAGGGGAAAUGUAAUGGGAAUACUGGUAUAUUCCCUGCAUCCUUUGUGGAAGAAGUUCCUGUCAAUGACCAGUAGUUUAAAUUAAUAAAUGUAAGACAGAAAACAUACCAAAGCCUGUAAUACAGAGAAGUGGCAAAGCAGAAAAGUGGUCAGGUAUCAUCUAUCAAAACCAUCUUAUAAUCAGUUAAAGUUGAUUAGUCAGGGCCUACAUAUUCUUUAUUAAGAUUAUUCUUAAACAUAUUUUCUUUAAAAUAAACCUCUUCUUCACAUGACCACAAUACCUUUGACAAGUUGUAACAUUGGACAAAAUCAUUCUGUGAUUCAGCAAGUAAUGCACAAAGCCAGUGAUAUCUAUUUUAACUUGCAGUUUCCAGCAAUAUGCACAGGCAGACAUGAUGAAAUACUGGAGUCUUGUGAAUUAAUUUAUCAUGAAGACGUUCCUUCCUCUUCAUAGGCAAUAGCUAUGCCUUUCCUGCCCUUUCCUGCCUUCACCACAGGUGUCUCUCCCAACUUCUGCUCUAAGCCACGCCAGCUUCGUUCUGCCAGGAAAGAUGCUGAAAAGAGAAAGCAUAAAUGUGUCGCGUAGCCUUUCAGAUGUGUGUUUGUUCCACUGUGUUGUUUUGAGAAAUGCUCACAUGCACAAGGUGUAACAAUUACUGCAUGUGUGUGAAACUCUACAAUAAACUCAUGGAUGUAUGGAAAUUGAAGCUA